AAAACUUAUCCUCACAUCUCAUUAGGCCUCUUCUAGUACUAAAAUCCAUUUCCCCCAAAACUGCCAUCUUCUUUAUGCUCUCUGUCUUCCAUCAUUCCAUGGAUACAUUAUCAAGCACAGUUUCAACCCUCAAGAUUCCAUCAGUACCCACACAAACUCAUCAUCAUCGUGAAUUAUUCUAUCAUCACUUCAUAAGAACUAAUACUCCCAACUGUCAACCCUGUGUUUCUUCUUCCACUGCUUCCAUUAUUCCCAGAACCAGCAAGAAGGCUGCUGCCUCUACUUUUCUACCAGUCUCUGCUUCCUCAUCGUCACCGCCUCUCCAACCACGUUCUUCUUCUCCAAUCUUCCAUGCAAAGCCAGCCACUGGGUACGCAGCGGCCAUAAUAGAGGUGGCUCAAAGCACCAAGUCCCUUCACGCCGUUCACAUGGAUGUUCAGAGGCUCCUGAGGUUUCUCCAAUCAAGCAAUAAUAACGAUAAGGGAGAAGCAGCGGCUACCAUGAUGAAGGAGGUGGGCAAGCAAGGAAAGUUUCAGAGGCACGUGGUUGCGUUGUUGAGGAUGCUGAUGAAGAAGGGCAAAUUGGGAAUUUUGGGAGAAGUUUUAAAAGAGUUCGAGAGGAUCUACGAGGAGCUUUGUGGAACUCAAGUGGUGUUGGUGUCAUCUGAAGAGUUGUUAGGGAUAGCCAAGAAGGUGCGGCAAACACCCUCUUUUGUCUUCUGAACUCAAAUUGAAUGUGUUCAAGGAUGAUGAUCAAUUCAAACCUAUAUAUAUAUUGUAAAUCUCAAA